AUGAACUCUAAAUCAUCCGAUAAGCUCAAAUGUGUUUGCGAAACUGCAACUUGGUGCAGAGUUUGUAAUUCUGUCCAUUUUAAAAAACAAUUCGACGAAUGGACAAGCGGAAACGAAACCAUUGAUAAUUUUAUCCAAAAAAUACAACUUGAAGCGAUAAAUGACGCCAAAAUACUAGAAUGGGUUCCAUUUAAAUAUAUAUCUUCCGUUGAACCUUUAGCUAAAGGAGGAUAUGGAAUUGUAUAUAAAGCAAAAUGGGAGCUCGGUCCUAUUAGUCAUUAUGAUAAUGAAAUUAAAAGUUGGUGUAGAUCUGGAAAGACUGAUGUUGUUCUCAAAUAUAUAAAAAAUUUAAAUAAUUUUUAUGAAUUUUUUCAAGAGAUUACAGCUCAAAUGACCUCCACUAAAGAAUUUGGUUAUAUUAUUAGAUGUUAUGGGAUAACAAAAUGCCCGGGCGCUGAUAAAUAUCUUAUGAUUACGGAUUAUAAAAAGGACGGUAAUCUCGAAAAAUAUUUAUAUUCAAAUUUUAAACGUUUAAAUUGGGAACGAAAACUAGAACUUUUAUACACAACGAUUAAAG